AUGUCGAAGCAGAGAAGUGGAGGCCGAGGCGCGAUGAGGGGCGACCGGAGAUCCUCGGCCGAUGCCUCGGAGGUGGUUCUGUGGCGAGAGGAAGAGGACGACGGCGGCGGAGUUGUGGAGGCGAAUGGGGAAGAGGCCGGGUGGAAGUGCUGGCGGCACCUGUCGCAGCCUCGCUACGGCGUCUGCCCCGCUUGCCUCCGCGACCGCCUCCUCCUUCUCUGCCCUGAUUGCGCCCGCACCCGCCCCUGCAUUUGCGGUAGCUUCGCAUCCUCCUCCUCCUCCUCCUCUUCUUUUUCUUCCCGUUCCUCCGCCGAGCCCAUCAGAUCCGGCUCUCGGAGAGGCGACGGCGCGGAGAUCGGCGCGGUCGGGCCCGUCAUGCGUCUCAUCGAGCGCGAGCCGGCCUUCCAGCGGUCGCGAUCGGUCGGGUUGCAGCUUCUCAGGUCGAAGCCGACGGCCGCCGACGUGGAGCCUUCGCCUUCGAGGUCGCGAGGGCCCAAGAUUUGGGCGCCGUUCUGGAGGCGAAACCAGCCGAUGGAGGACACAAAACAACCCAAUCUCUACAGAUCGAGGUCAGUGGCCGCCGGGCACUUGCCUGACGCCGGCGCCGGAGCGGAAACGGAGGGAAUAAGGAAGCGGUUGCGGUGGCACUUCCCGAGCCCUAUCAAGGCGUUGCGGAGCAGGAUAGCGACGGCGAAGGCGGUGGUGCGGUAGCCCUCCCCGUGUCCCGCGGGUGACCGCACCGAAUCUUCGAGAUAUUUUUUAUUCUUCUUCGAUAACGCAGGAAUGCACAUUGUUCAUUGAUGGCAUGGGGCAGAGCUGAAGCCUGAACAGUGAGUAGGUAGGCAUUGCCAUCAGAGGGGACACAUCCUUUGAGAGAGUGGACUCAUAAACUACCCUUUUGUUCCAGUUCAUGGUCUAAAAAAUCAUUCUUUGUUGGCUUUAUCCGAGGAUACGAUGGCUCCACCAUGUUACAAUCUGCUCUUUUUAAACAUCUUCAUUCUGGGAACAGUAGAUCUUCGUCUAAAAUUAUAAUUGUGGCAUUUAAAAGAUCUUUGUAACAGUCUCAGGAAAGAACUCAAAUGUCAAAGUGUGUGCCGCACGACCUGCUUCGGCCUGUAAUUCCUCGACGUGAAAACAUAAGCUGUGAGAUUCAAUGUACAGAUGCUUGUUAGCAACAGGAAGUAAAAAUCUAAGUGGCCUUUGUUCAGAUCAUCUGGUAUCCACCCUGGACUUCCUCCAUUCGCCGUGAAUCGAACCACGAGUGUCAAGAUAAGAGAACUCAAGUAACUUCCCAGCGAGAUGGCAAGCAAUGAGAUAGCUGUGCACAUGCUCUUCAUCAUCUCAGGUGCCUGGCUGUAGAAGAAUUCAUGCUGUGCGAUGAAGCAGAAGGCCUCGGAGCCGGCCACGAUGAAGUACUGGGGCAGUUGCCAAGCGAUUGUUAAUUCUGCACCAGCCUCGGCGCUGUGUAAUCUUCGGGACUCUGUAAAUGCAGCUGUUGCCAUUGCCAAGAUCAUCAUAAAUUGACCGAUCCCGAUCCUCUGUAGCUGAGAAAGUCCCAUUUCAUUAUUGUAAAUUCUUCUUGUCGCCGGUGCUAUGAUUUUGUUGUAAGCCAGGACCCAGGCCAUAACACUGACAACCUCAAAGGAAGACAGAGAAGCAGGAGGAACCGAGAAGGAUUUGAUCUUUGUGUUCAUCGCGCUCCCUUGCUGGAUAAAAGUAGUUGCCAUUUGACAAUAUGCAGCUGAAAAGAUGACACCAGCUAUCCAUAUUGGCAGCAAACGAACGAGUAUCUUUGCCUCUUCGACUCGAGUUAUUGUACAAAGCCUCCAAGAAUUGCAAAGAUUUGUGCCCUUUCGGUCAAAGUCUGUGACUAUAGCCGCCUUAUCUAGAAAUCUGAAGAUUUCAUAUUGUUAGUCGAUGUCUUUCACCAAAAAAAAGAAAACUGGAGGUGAAAAUUGAUAUAGAAAGCAUUGAUGAUCAUGAGAAUUACCUGAAUUCUUCGGAAUGUGCUAGUCUUUGGCGUCCGAAAUUCUGUGCAGUUGUAUCAUCCACCUCGUAUAAGAGCCGGCUAUCAAGAGGAACUUCCAACCGAAUCUUCCUGAAUGCAGCAAUCACAACCUGAAGAACACUCUUCAACGAACUCGUCCCACUUGGCGCUCGCAAAUGAUAUGCCGGUG